AUGGCGGAACAGCAUGGCCACGGCCUCGAUCACACCCGCGACCCAUGUCCAUGGGUCGCCCUCUCAGAUUUCGGCGGAGCAUUUUGUAUGGGAGCAAUAGGAGGAGCAGUAUGGCACGGUGUGAAGGGUUUCCGGAACAGUCCCUAUGGAGAGCGGAGAAUCGGAGCAAUCACAGCGAUAAAGGCCCGCGCACCGGUACUAGGAGGCAACUUCGGUGUCUGGGGCGGCAUGUUCUCAACCUUUGACUGCGCCGUCAAGGGUGUGCGCAAAAAGGAGGACCCAUGGAACGCUAUUAUUGCCGGAUUCUUCACGGGAGGUGCACUUGCUGUACGAGGAGGUCCUCGAGCGAUACGGAACGGCGCUAUCGGAUGCGCUAUUCUUUUGGCUGUGAUUGAGGGUGUGGGAAUUGGUUUCCAAAGGAUGAUGGCCGACAGCACAAAGUUGGAGAUGCCGCCACCACCUCCGAGCAGUUCUGGGAGCGAGGGCACCUUGGCAGUAGGCGCUUGA